CUGAACCUCUUGUUGUUCUUUUUCCCUUUCUGUUCUCCGGGUCUCUCUCGCUGUGAUUUUGGGAAAAGCUUCGAUCUUUGGGAACCAUGGCGGAGGUGUUGAGCCAGAGCAAGCUCCUUUGUCCAAGUGAAGGACGGUCUGUUUCUCUUUCGCGGACGAGGAGGAGUCCUUCUCUUGCUGCGCUUCAUCUGGCUCCAUCUCCGAGUUUUGUGUCUUUGAGGUUUUCUUCGUCUUUUUCCUCCUCCGUCGGUAAUGGUGGUUUGGUUUUAGGAGAUUGGAGUCGAAGGCGACCUGUGGAGAGGAACGCCAUUGAUGGUGUCCAUGCGAAGAUGAGCCUUCGCAUUGGGAAGUCUGUGAGAUGGUGGGAAAAGGGACUGCAACCUAACAUGAAGGAGGUCCAAUCAGCACAAGACCUUGUUGAUUCUUUGUUGAACGCUGAUAACAAGCUUGUCAUUGUUGAUUUUUAUUCCCCUGGUUGUGGAGGCUGCAAAGCUCUCCAUCCCAAGAUUUGCCAGUUUGCAGAGUUGAAUCCAGAUGUUCUGUUCCUCCAAGUGAACUAUGAAGAGCAUAAGUCAAUGUGUUAUAGUUUGAAUGUCCAUGUUCUCCCUUUCUUUAGGUUCUACAGGGGAGCUCAUGGCCGGCUUUGUAGCUUCAGCUGCACCAAUGCAACUAUUAAGAAGUUUAAGGAUGCAUUGGGCAAGCACAACACAGAGAGAAGCAGCCUCGGGCCGGCAAAGGGCCUCGAGGAAUCAGAGCUCUUGGCUCUUGCUGGAAAUAAAGAUCUCUCAUUUAAUUACAACAAGAAACAAAUGCUUGUUCCUGCACCAGAUGAUGUUGCAGAAGCAACUCCCAUCUGCCCAAUGUUCUCUCCAACAAGAGUCCUUAAAGGUUCUGAGGACAAGGUUCUUAGCAAACUUUGAUAAAAUAGAGGAGAUGGCUCACUGUCAUCCCACAUUGUCAUUUUGCUCUCCCUAUUGUACAGUUUGUUACCUGUAAAGCUUGUCAGAUGGCUCUUAUGAAGAAAAUGUUGUGUUCUUCAUUUCUAAUACCAAUGGAUGAACUUUGUAUCACUGAGAAAUCAAUGUUAUCAGAAAUAUAUCUUCCUUUUUGUGCCAAA